AUGUCAUUUACCAGGCAAGCUGUUUUUCUGAGUCGUGGACUUUAUGGAAAUUAUAAAUUUUUACUAACACCUUCAAAUAAAGUUUCCCAUUAUCAUAAUGUUUUUAUAAGACAUAUUUCAAAUGAAAAAAAAACGAAACUUGAAGAAACAUUACUUAUGUUAAAAGCUGACUUAGCUAAUAAACAAGAAGAAAAAAAUCAAAAAUCAUUAAAAGAAUUAACAGUAAAAAAAUCACUUGGAACAAAAAUUGUUGAUGAAUUAAAACAUUAUUAUCAUGGCUUCAGAUUGCUAGCCUUAGAAACACGGAUCUCCAUUCAUUAUUUGUGGAGGAUGGCAAAAGGAGAAAAAUUGUUAAGAAAAGAAAAACAACAACUUUCACGGACUGUUGCAGAUUUAUUUAGAUUAGUGCCUUUUUCAGUUUUUAUAAUUGUUCCAUUUAUGGAAUUAGCUUUACCUCUAUUUAUAAAACUUUUUCCUAAUAUGUUACCUAGUACAUUUCAAGAAGCUUCAAAAGAAAAAGAAAAAUUUAAACAACAGGCUGCUAUGCGUAGUGAAAUGGCUAAAUUUUUACAAACUACUUUGGAAGAAGUUGGAUUAGAAAGGAAGAAAAAAACUGAUGGAAAAGCUCCAGCAUCAUUGGAAUUUGCAAAUUUUAUAAAAACGGUGCGAGAAGGUGAUGGAUAUGUUAGUAAUGAGGAUAUCUUUAAAUUUUUAAAAUGUUUUGAAGAUGAGAUAACUUUAGAUAACCUAGAUAUCAAUCAAUUACGUGCACUUUGUCGUUUGUUAGGUAUUCAACCUAUUGGAACACCUGAAAUCUUACGUUUUCAAUUAAAAUUAAAAUUACGUGAAUUACAAUCUGAUGACAAAUUAAUUAUAGCAGAAGGUGGUGUUGAUGCUCUUAGUGAUAUUGAUGUUCAACAGGCUUGUCGUGCUAGAGGUAUGAGAGCAUUAGGAAUAAGUGAAAGAAGGCUUCGAAGACAGCUUAGUCAAUGGUUAGACUUGUCUUUAAAUAGUAAAAUUCCACCAACAAUGCUUUUACUUUCUAGAGCUUUAUAUUUUCCAGAACACAUGGAUUUUGCAAAACGAAUGAAAAUAUUACUAUCUGAAUUACCAAAAGAAGUGGCAGAUGAAAUGAGUCAAAAGUUGACAGAAAUUGAAGGAGGAAAAAUUGACUAUGGAGCAAGGUUACAGUUAAUAAAAACAUUGGAAGAAAAAAUAAAAGAUGAAAGAAUUUUUGAAGAAGAUGCAAAGAAAAAGCAACAAAUUGGUAAUUCUAAAAAAAAUAAAACUAAUGAUGAAUCAGGAGACUAA